GUGUCACAGCCAAAUCUGCUGUCUGCCCAUGACGAACAACGACUCCCAGAUUGACUGGGUGGAGGGCACAGAAGAUACAGAGCCCUCCCUCGACCUGUCACUGUCCCCAGACGAAUUCCCAGCUCUAAACCCCUGGGAUGUGGUGCUCUGCGUGUCUGGCACGCUCAUCUCCUGCGAGAAUGCGGUGGUGGUGGCGACCAUCUUCUACACACCGACGCUGCGCGCGCCCACCUUCCUGCUCAUCGGCAGCCUGGCCACAGCGGACCUCCUGGCCGGCCUGGGCCUCAUCCUGCACUUCCUGUUUCGCUACUGCGUGCCCUCAGAUAGCGUGCAGCUAGCCACCGUCGGCCUGCUGGUGACCUCGUUCAGCGCCUCCGUCUGCAGCCUCCUAGCCAUCACAGUGGACCGCUACCUAUCGCUGCGGAACGCGCUCACCUACUGUUCGGAGCAUACUGUGACGCGCACCCGCCUCAUGCUGCUCUUGACGUGGGCCGGCUCGGCCCUGCUCGGUCUGCUGCCUGCCAUGGGCUGGAACUGCCUGCAGGGGGCGUCUGCCUGCAGCGUGGUGUGGCCGCUGGCGCGCGCCCACCUGGCGCUGCUCUCCGGGGCGUUCCUGGUGGCGUUCGCUCUCAUGCUGCAGCUGUACGCCCGCAUCUGCCGGGUGGUGUGCCGUCAUGCCCACCAGAUCGCCCUCCAACAUCACUUCCUGCCCCCGUCAUCCUCCUCGCACUACGUGACCACGCGGCGCGGGGUCUCCACGCUGGCACUCAUCCUGGGCGUCUUCACCAGCUGCUGGCUGCCCUUCGCCAUUUACAGCCUGCUGGGCGACGCCUCGUACCCGCCCCUCUACACCUACGCCACCCUGCUGCCGGCCACAUACAAUUCGCUGCUCAACCCGCUCAUCUACGCCUUCCGGAACCAGGAGAUCCAGAAGGUUCUCCUGGCCGCCUGCUGUGGCUGCUUUUCGAACCGGCUUCCAUGCCACAAUCACCCUCCCAGCGACGUGUAGCGGUGCGUUGGCCCAGGACCAAAGACACUCCAACGUAUCUGACUGACUUUUCACCACUGGGGAGUCAGGAGGGAGACGGGCCAGUGGCAGAAGCACCUAUGUUGUGCAACUGUGGUCAUCCUUUAGUUUUUUUGUGAUUCUAUGUGAUUUUAUCAGCACUUUGCACACAGCAUGCACCCUGAGCUCAGACCAAUCAUUCAAAGACAGAGAACUCACCAAGACAACAUGUGCCAACUUCAGAACCUCUCCUGAAACACUAGAAUUGUAAAAAAAAAAAAAAAAAGAUUAAUUUAUUUUGUUGUUACAAAUAUGGAUAGUGACGUUUCAUUUUAUACUUCGUUUUAAACGAUUGUCCUGAAAAUUUAGGGCAAAAAGUGGUGCUGAGAUCGACUGGAUACGCUGCGCUCCCCCUAGCCGGGCCAAGCCGCUCAGAACCAACCUCGUUCCCCGUUGAAUGUGAAGAACUUAGCUAAAUACACCACUUUGGAAAUUUGUGAUUGACAUUUUCUGGCGUCAAGGAAGUUCUAGUUUACACUUAAUAUUGAGUUUGCUGUGAUUGUAAUCCGUUAAAUAAGUUAAGUGAUGUUAAAUUGAAUUUAUGCAAUGGAAAAGUAAAAAACGUUUUCUGGAAACCAGUAGCGAUAAAUAAAUUAAUUUGGAACGCGUUUCUGGCAUAAUGACGCCCCCUCCUGGUUAGAAACUAUUCAUGCGGUGAUAAGCUGCAUGCGUGACAGUAAAAUGAAACGGUUGGUCAAAUGUGACCGAAACACAUCCCUCAACGAUAAAGCGUCGUUUUCUUCCAUUUCCCCGUAAAAUACAAGCGCGCGCACAUUGAUACGUGUGUAUAUGUAUGUAUGUACGUAUUUAUUGACACACACGUUGGAGGGGGAGCACAUAGGUUGUUGGCUUUAAACUCGUGCCUCAUUUUGAAGUCAAACCCUGAUAUUCAGAGGUUGUCCUAAAUAUAUAAAACCAUUUGCACUAUACUUUGAGAUGCAUAUCAUUUGUCGUUGAAAUGUACAAAUCUGAAACAAAUCAUUUUAAAAGUGGCCAAAAACAUUUUUCUUUAUCUUUCAAGACGCGUUUGCACAGUAUAGGCUGUAAGCCACUGUGCCAAACGUACAAAGCCGAAGGUUGUGUCGUCUGUGUCGCACAAUGUAAUGACCUGACCAGAGGCGUUUUAAAUGGGAAUGUAUAAUUGUUUACAUCAGAAAAUAAAAUAAAAUUUUUAUGGAAA